CGACGACUGAUGACGCCUGAGCCCGCGCUCGCCGUUUCAGCGACAGGAUUAGGGAGUUAAGGAAGUAGUUGGGGGUCUUGGUGUGGGGAGUCCAGGCGCAGCCAAACGGAGCUACAUCGGGCAGCCAGGUAAUAAUUUCAAGAUGCCAGGGCGUUCCACUUCAAGUUCAGGUUCAACUGGUUUUAUAUCCUUCAGUGGUGUAGAAUCUGCACUCUCCUCCUUGAAAAACUUCCAGUCCUGCAUCAGCUCUGGAAUGGACACAGCUUCUACUGUUGCUUUGAAUCUUGUGGAAACUCAGACUGAAGUGAGUAGUGAAUACAGUAUGGAUAAGGCAAUGGUUGAAUUUGCAAUGAUGGAUCGGGAACUAAACCAUUAUUUAAAGGCUGUUCAAUCUACAAUAAAACAUGUAAGAGAAGAACGUCCAGAAAAAAUACCCGAUCUAAAAUUAUUAGUGGAGAAGAAGUUUUUGGCUUUACAGAAUAAGAAUUCUGAUGCAGACUUUCAAAAUAAUGAGAAAUUUGCACAAUUUAAACAACAGCUGAAAGAACUAAAGAAGCAAUAUAAAUAUCCAGGCAUGGGACUGCUGGCUCCUAUGGAACUUCCAGACUGUUUUCCAAAGCGACUACGCCAUUUUACACUCCCACCAGCAAUGUGUGAGGGUUCCAAUCGCUUCACGUCCUCGCCGACACUUGUUAUUAUCUGUCUCUUUGAUUGUAGCCAUCCUUGUGGUUGCAAAUUGGUAUCUCAUUGUUUUGAUGUGUGUUUCCCUGAUGGAUUAAUAUUGUAAUAUUUAUUUUACCAACCUAAGGCAAAAGCUUCAAUCUUAUGCUUUCUUAUGCACAUAAUGGAAACUGCCUUACAUUACUGGCUUGACUUUCUAAAACAAAACCAUUGUUCUAUGCAAGACGAAUGUCAUUUAUGGGAUUUGAGUUAUACCUGAAAGAAUACAAAGUGAAAUGACAUGGAAUUCAGAUUAUGAACUCAUAUGGGAAAUUUGUUUUGCAGGAUGAAUUCAUUCACAGUGUUUUGAGACCUUUAUCUAAGCUACUCAAGUACUCUUAUGUGACAUUUGCUGGAUAAUCUAGACAGCACUUUGGUUAAAUCCACAGUGUGAUGUCAUCCAGUAAACGCUUGAAAGUGGAGAUGCAUGUCUCCUCCGGUUUUAUCAGUCUAGAUUAGCAGUGUGGUUCACAGCACAGUGAACUUUUCUCCUCUGUGAUCCAUCAGUCUGUCUCUCAUUGUGGGCCAAUAAUCUGUCACCUGAAACUACUUAAAAUAGGUUGGACUUUCUUGAAUGUGUCAUGUUGCUGUGAUGACAUUGGGGUUUGGCUGCAGAAGAGGGGAAGCACUGUUUUAUGACUUUCGGUUGCUUCCAUAUCCCUUGUUUCCAGUAAAAGCACUGUGAUUUUUAGCCUUUGCUUAUGUGCCUAGACUUUACUCUGUACCAGUUGUACCUUUCAUCUCUUUACCUAUUGAGGCUCCUACUGUGGUUAUCUUUGUCUUUCUGUCAAAGAAAAAAAAAUGAGGGGCUUAGAAGGUAUCAGGGUUUCACCAUCUUGAUUUCGCCAGUUAGCAGAUAUGUAAAAAGAACAUCCCCAAAGGCCAUUUGGUGAGAAAAGAAAAAAAUAGAAAGUUGAUCAGAAUGAGAGGAUGCUUUCUUCAGAGAAGGUCUCAGGAUCCCUCAGAAAGCAUCCCCCAAAAAAGAGAUCCUAAUGGUAUCCUGGUCAUCCUCCCUGACCCAUAGAGAGAAUGACCACAUAGAUCCAGAUUCUCCCCGUUAGGCUCUACAUGCCUGUUUCCAGUUAGCACAUCUUGGAGAAGGUCUGGGAGGAACAAAGGAGGGAAGGAAAGAAAAAGAACUAAGAGUGGAUAAUUAAUCCCUUCAUAAUAUAUCAUCAUAUGUUCUGCCUUAUUUGUUCCUUAACUUUUAAUAUGCAUUUUUGUAGCUUGGUUUGGGGUGGAGGAGGGGAGAUUGGAAGUAUCAGCCAGGCUUAUGGGCAGAGCUUGAAUUUUGUCUCCCCCACAAAGUAAAGGGAAGUAAUAACUUUAUACAUUUAUAGAGCUGGGUAUGUUUGUUUGUUGAAGCUUUAGUAAAUUCCGUUUUGAGCAUUCUAUUAAUUAAAAUAUUAUUUUGACUAAAACUCAAGCAUAUGAUGACCCAAUGAUAAUUGUUGCCUCUAAUGAAGAUCUUAAACUACCCCGUAUCCCUGCCUAUGUGCCUUUAGAACUAUCGAAGAACUAAAGAGUGUUUAUUAAAGUAAGAAUUAUAGUUUAGAGUCUUAUUUUUGCAAAUGAUUAGCCCUUGAGUAAUAAAAAAUAAUACUGGCUAGCACUCACUGAGCAUUGGUUUAUGUGCUAGUGUAUACUAAUAGCUUUACAUAGAUUAUCUCAUUUAAUUCCUUCCAUAGCCCUCUGAAAUAGGUGCUGUUAUUAUAUCCCCAUUUUACAAACUGAGGUUUAAUGAAAUUUAGUGCCUGCCUUAUCCAGAGCUCGCACCCUGAGCUCUCCAACAAACAACUUCCCCUGUGUACAUGCCAUAUUAAUGAGUACUAUAGCCUCCCCUUUCCUCAACCAAAUCACAUACUAGAAAUAGCAGAAGGUGGGUAGAGGGGUGGGCAAUGGAGAAAUGUGAGAGAGAAUAUGAAUGAAUGAAUGAAUGAAUGAAUGGGAUAGCAGACCUCAAAUAGGGAAGAAAAUUGAUGAGUUUUGCUGUAGUAGAGUUUGUUUUUUUGUUUUUAUUUUUGUCAUGGUAG